AUUGUUAAAGUCAUUAAGCAAAACAUGGGAGGAAUCAAAAUAGAGGAAUGGAGAAAGCCAGAAAACGUCGUCCUGUUGCUACAGUGGAUCCAUUACGAGGCCGGAUUCCUAAUAUGUGCCAUCACCGGUAUCGUGUUUGUGGUCUUCACGCCCAUCAUCGCCACGUGCUUCUGCAUGUGUCGAUGCUGCGACAACUGUGGAGGCGAGAUGCAUCAGAGGCAGAGGAAAAACGCAGACUGUCACCGGGGUUUCUUCACCGCCUCGCUCAUCGCAACCACCAUCUUCAUCAU